UAUUUUAGUUAUUCAGAAGCUAAAGGAAGACAAUUUAUUGCUUCAACGAAAAUAGAAUAUGGAGAACUUUUAAUAUUUGAAAAUCCAUUUGCAUUUGUGUUACUUCCAGAAUAUUACAAUUCAUUUUGUUAUAACUGUUGCAUACCAUUGAAAUAUUAUUCUAUACCAUGUGAUAACUGUUGCACAAUUUUGUUUUGUGGUGAUAAAUGUCUUCAAGAAGCAAAGAAUUCAUAUCAUCGUUGGGAAUGUAAACAGGGAACAUCAAUUUUCAAAUGUAUUGGCAUUGCCCAUCUUGCAUUACGUUUGACGUUAGAAACUUCUCGAGCAAACAGAAAUUAUAAUCAUGUUUAUUAUCUUUUAACACAUAUUGAUGAUUUAAAACCAUUAGAGCUAUACCAAUACAGUCUGACUGCCACUCUUUUGCUGCUAUACUUGAAAAAGAAAACCAAUUUCUUUCAAAAACAUCCAAAUCUUAGGUUGGAUUCUGUGGGCAAUGAAUUACUACACCAUAUGACAAGAUUAGUGUGUAAUGGAAAUGCUAUUUCAACUCAUAUGUUGUCAGAUUAUGACUCUGGAUCAUUUACUUCAAUUAUUGAUGAAUCGCAACCACGCAUUGGUACAGCUAUUUUUCCUACUUCAAGUUUAUUAAAUCACUCAUGCGACCCAAAUAUAUUUUCAAGUAAUAUACUGAAGUAUGUUGUCAUUAAAGCUUCACGAGAUAUUAACAAAGGAGAAGAAAUUACUAAUUGCUAUGGGCCUAACUUUCGACGCAUGCGAUUAGUUGACAGACAGGCUUCAUUGAAAGAACAGUAUCAUUUUGACUGUAAAUGUUGUAUUUGCAUGAAUCCAGAAACAGAUGAUAUGUUUUUUAAAAUAGUUGAGGGACUUGUGUGCUUGUCAUGCCACAAUGAAAUUCCAUCAACUUUGUCAGAUUUAGAUGUUAAUGACUCUGUAUACUGCGGUUUGUGCUGUGUAAGAUUUAGAACAUUAGAUUAUAAGAGAGGAUUACUCAAAGCUGACAAAACUUAUGAUAAAGGAGAUUUCGAGAAUUGUUAUAUGUAUUUGGAUAGAAGUUUUGAAGCAAUAGAAGAUCGUUUUGGCAAAAAUAGUUUAGAAGUUGCUUAUGAAUUGGAUAAAAUGUCAGAUAUAAUGGUCAACAAUUUAGACAUGAGAAAUGAUCGGAAUUUAAUUCAUAAAGCAUUAAAAUAUGUUCGGAGAUCAAUGGAAAUAUUUGAUGCCAAUUUGUCCGCAUGGGAUAUCCCAUAUAGUGAAUCUGGUAUAGCAAAUAUCAAACAUAAAGAAAAUAUAUUGUUACAAUUCUUGGGAGGUAGGUUUUGA